AUGCUCGCCGCGGAACCCCUGCAACAUCGGGCUCAGCCCUCGUGGGGGAAGACAAAGCAGAAUCUCCUUCAACAGGGCAGCCUCUCUCGGUAUCGGCUGGGAACUCUCGUCCAAAGGGACAGUCGACGAAAAGCGCCAACGCAUCACUAUGCGCCCACCAUCGUCCAACCACCGCGCAUCCCAGACACUGGCCAACUUGUGCCCGUUGCGACGGCCUCGCAACGAAGUGCGUUCUUCGAGACAAUUGUAGCACCCGUGUCUACUCAACAGAAUGCUCUACAAGAAGACGAAACGCAAGCAGCAGACACUGUAUACAUUCCUUCAGGGCUCCUUCGCACCGUGCUGGACACAUACAGGCGGGAACUCUUUGCGUCGUUUCCGAGGAUGGUCCGAGACCCCGAAAUGGAGGUUCUUGACGAGUACAUCAACAUCAUCGUCCGAGAUGAGAUGCCGUUCAAAGUGAUACCUGGGGUCCGGGCCGUGCCGGUGUCGUAUUUCAUACCCCUGUCAUUUCAGCAUCAGGGUCUAUUCGAAUGCUCCAUGGCAACGGCACGCGGGAUGUUCGAAAGCCGGCGGACAGCACCACCCUUCAAGCCAACCACGGCCGUAUUCAGCCAACGAGCCCGAGCAAUACGGUCUGUCCGUGAUCUGCUGUCUCAGCCCACGUCGUUGCAGGAUGAUCGAGCACUGAUCGGUGUGCUGCAAUUGAUGGGGACACAUAUCAUCACCGGGGAUAUCGCGUCGUUUCAAUCGCACCACAAAGCCGUCAAACAGAUGAUCGAGCUGCGAGGCGGUCUGGGAAAUACGGACGCGCAUCGAGCCCUACGGGGCUUCCUUGGAAUGAACGAAAUGUUUGCCCUGAUGUUGAAGUACGUGACCAGCACUAUGCCCGCUGCUGCACCUGCCCGGACCUUCCCCCAAAGCACAACGGCACAACCUCCCCUCAAACGCGAGGCCUCCUCUGUGAAACAUCCCAAUACUCAGCCGCCUUCGCCGUCCGCAAUACCGCAGUUGAAGCUGGAGUAUCCCCGACUGCCCUUCCCAGACAGCCUCAACCGCAUGAUCUCGCGGCUCCCACCGGGCCUCGCGGCGCUGUCUCUCACGGGGACCAUCUCGGCGCAGAUGAUCGGCCUCCUCGCCCAGAUCGCGCCCUGGGCCGCCCUGACGGCGACCUCGAACCCGUCGGCCACGGUCUCCCACUCAGACAUCUUCCGCCUCUACUGCGAGCCCAUGGAGACGGCCAAAAUCGCCCUCUCCAUCCUCCUCGCGCUGCCCCCGGUCUCGGCCGAACCCCGCCUCGAACACCUCCUCUGCAUCGGCCUGUGCCUCUCGAUCCGGGGCGCCCGGAACCAGGCCCGCCCGCCUGCCCUACACAUCAGAUUGCUCUCGGACUUUGCCACUGUCGCGCGGGCGCUGCUGACCGCACCGACCGGCAACAACAGGGUGCCCCUGACACAGCCCGAGCAGGACACGAUCGUGUGGAUCUCGUUCCUGGCCGCGUACGGCAGCGGCCACCGUGCGUUCCAGCGCCAGGUCGACGGCCUGGUCGAGCUGGUCCUCCAGACGUAUGCGUACGGGCCCGUGGCGCGCGAGUGGACGUUCCUGGAGAUCCUGCUCCGCCGCUUCUUCUGGUUCGAACCGCUCGCCGAGGACUGGCGCGAGCUGUGGUGCAGGUGUGCACCCAGGUCCGCGAGCUCGACCACAUAG